AUGACUUCGCCUGUGUCGACACCGCCGCGUGCAUUUCGCACUCUCGGCACCAUGAAGAUUGAUCGUAGUCCUCCAGGGGCUGGGCGACUCGGGUUCACGACGCCAGUCAUGCGCAAGUUCAGAUGCGGCAAUUUGACCCCUGAGACUUCACCCACAAGCUCAAAGCCCACGGCUACAGAAUCAAAAUCACUGGUCGCAGAAUUGCAAUCACUCCGCCGGAUUGUCUCGGAUAGUGAAUAUCGCAUAUACGAUGCCAUUUUCAGCUGGCUGCAUGGCUUUCUGACCUCUACAGAACCUGUCUCCCAAACAGCACACCCGAAGUCGUUGCUAGGGAUGUGUCUUCGCAGGAUACCAGAUGCGAUAGCCGUAAUAGAAGAAUGGGAUCGUCAGACUGCGGCAAAGGCAGGGAAAACUUUCAAGUGGCAAUCAUCUAAAGCAUCGGCAGAACUCUACGAUCAACUCGAGGAGUUUGGUACUUCAAGUAUGGGAUGGAAGCCCCUCAAAAUUGUCGUCCGUGCGCAUGCUCUAUGUCUCCUGGCAACUGCUGUGACAGAAGGUCUCCUCGAACCUCCGUUUGUACGACUGUUGGCUGAUCUCUGUCUCAGUCUCGACUGCAAGACAGAAGCCGCGAGACUUGUCUCAAGCCUGAGACUUCCUUUGGUAGCCCCUCGUGGUACGUCAAGCACCUUGAUCGAGAGCAGUACGGUCCAGCCUCUGGGCGUUAUAGUAAAAAGCUUGCAAGGUCGGGGCACAAUCGGCCCAUCAUGGGACUGUCUCUCGAACCUUAUCAACACCAAGAAGUUAUCUCUGACCUGGCUGACGUCACGGGCGUUUCAGUCAGUAUGGAUGCGAGGGAUUGAAAUCCUGCUACAUUCCAAAAAACCUGUCCCCUCAGUCGUUGAGUUUCUGUGUAAGGCUCUGGACCAGCUUCUGUUGGACAGUGAUAAAGCGAAGGAGACAGAACAACCUACAGAGGAUCAGACACUGACCAGGGUUCUGGCCGCAAUGACGGCAGCGAUAUGGACAUUGGGUGUUGAUAUGAGUGAUGAAGAGCCUUGGAAAGCUCACGCCAUUCGGCGACUAAUAUUCACACUCGAAAUGUGCGUCACACAGCAACGAACCCGUCGUGGGGCGUUUCGAAGCAGCGGAUUUUUGACACUCGUUUUAGCCCGAUUCUUGGCCACGAGUUUGAUCGACGGGAAAGUGGGCAGUUUAUCAGCGAGGAAUCUGGCGAUUUACGAAUGCGUGAAACCGUUGACAGCAAGAAACGGUUCCCCAAGUAAACCUCAGUAUCGACAAACUCUUUUGCUGGCUUGCUCUGUUGCACAAUACCGGGGACAAGCAUGUGGCCUGGCUUGCCACGACGUCUUGUCUGAGAUUCGUACACGUUUAAGUGAACUGAGGCUGCCUAAUUGGUUUCAAGAAGGUCUGGUGUCUGACGGGGCGUUUGUUUUGGCACAGAAAACGAAGGACCUCCGAGAUAUUGCUUUUGCUGAAAGAUUUCCCACUGCUGGCAAGGGAAUCGUCGAAACAAGCACGAUGUUCUCGGGCUGGAAGUGGGAGGAAGGGAUUGGCGAAUGGGUUCUCCCCAGCCCCGUCAAGGAACGAGGAAGCGAGCUGAGACAGCAAAACCAAAGUCGAGGCGGAACGAGCUACAGAACAGGCACAGAUCGUCGACCAGAUAGUCGAGCCCGGACGACGGGCCUGAGUGGGAAGACGGGCCGCAAUCUCAGGCGCAGAAACGACCAACAUAGCUCGGUAGGAAGUGACAAGGAUGCUGGCAAUCAUGAUGAUACGGACGACAGGGAGGAUAAGAAUGAUACGAGAGCAACCAGCAUUACGGAUAUUGACGAAGAGCAAGACAGCGGAGAUGAGCUUGGCGAGUGUGCACAGAUGAUGGACUACAGCCCCAGGAAAACAUUGGGGCGAACACAUGGUAUUAACGGCAGUGGCAGAAGCAGUAGCGGAAACAUCAAGACGUUGAAGAGAGUCAAGCGCUUGGAUAUUGCAAGGACCUGGCAGGAAAAGAGGCCUGACAGAGUCGCUGUAGGGACAUCAUUGACAGAGCCUGGAGAGGACGAUAUGGACGACGAACUCAGUACACUUUGA